GGAAGUCAAGUCGUGCUGGACUGCGCGGUAAAGCCUCGCGCCGCUCACUCAACUGGAGAAGACCUGACACCGCGUUUGGGCAUGCUCUGAAACGACACAACAAACGAUGGAAGAUGCUGAUUUUAAAAGUUGACCAGGGAUUUUUAGUUGUGGGCUGUCUCCGCGGCAUGGCUUUCCUUCUAACUUGCCUAAUUCUGUCCUGUUACAGCGCGAGCGGCGUUUGGGGGAGUCAGCACAGUGAUACCAGCAUCUAUUUGGAUAACAUCACGCGCAUAUUGGAUAGAUUACUGGAUGGAUAUGACAACAGGCUACGACCCGGAUUUGGAGGUCCCGUCACAGAAGUUAAAACAGACAUCUUCGUCACCAGCUUUGGACCCGUUUCUGACGUCGAGAUGGAGUACACGAUGGACGUCUUCUUUCGUCAAACGUGGAUCGACGAGCGUCUCAAAUUCGAGGGACCCAUCGAGAUCCUGCGCCUGAACAACCUGAUGGUCAGCAAGAUCUGGACCCCGGACACGUUUUUCCGCAACGGCAAACGCUCCAUCUCUCACAACAUGACCACUCCCAACAAGCUGUUCCGAAUCAUGCAGAACGGAACCAUCCUCUACACCAUGAGACUGACCAUAAACGCCGAGUGCCCCAUGCGCCUGAUGAACUUCCCCAUGGACGGCCACGCCUGUCCCCUCAAGUUUGGCAGCUACGCCUAUCCCAUCAGUGAGAUCGUGUACACGUGGAAGAAGGGCCCUCUCUCGUCUGUGGAGGUCCCUCAGGAGUCCUCCAGUCUGCUGCAGUACGACCUGAUCGGACAAACCGUGUCCAGCGAGAGACUCAAAUCCAACACUGGUGAAUACGUGAUCAUGACAGUGCACUUCCAUCUCCAGAGAAAAAUGGGAUUCUUCCUCAUUCAGACGUACAUCCCCUGUAUCAUGACCGUCAUUCUGGCACAAGUCUCAUUUUGGAUUAACAAAGAGUCGGUUCCAGCCAGGACCGUCUUUGGUAUCACCACCGUGCUGACCAUGACCACCCUGAGCAUCAGCGCCCGUCACUCUCUUCCCAAAGUCUCCUACGCCACGGCCAUGGACUGGUUCAUCGCCGUGUGCUUCGCCUUCGUCUUCUCCGCGCUGAUCGAGUUCGCGGCGGUGAAUUACUUCUCCACGCUCCAGGCCAACAGGGAGCUGAGGAAGGCCGCGGCUCUGAAGGCCGCCGCUCAGGAGGCGGCCUCGGCUUCCGGCUCCUCCCCCGGUCCUCCCGCCAACGAUGGAGAGGUGUCGGUGGACCCGAGCGGCGUGCUGAAGAAGAGGAUGAACUCCGCCCCCCUUUUCGAACGACCCGCAAAGACCUUCCCCAACCCCCCAGUGAACGCUCAGGCCUUCCUCCAGCAGGGCUCAGCUGUCCCGGCCAACAACGUCCUGACCGGGACCAGCAUCAUCGACAAGUACUCGCGGAUCCUCUUCCCCCUGUCCUUCGGAGCGUUCAACCUGGUCUACUGGAUCGUGUACCUGACCAAGGACACCAUGGAGAUGUCCAGGGACACCGUCUAAACCCGACGCCGUCUUCCUGAAAGCACUUUGUUCCUCAAAUCCUGC